AUGUCUCCUCCUGGUUCCCUCUACGUCACAAUGCAGCCCAAGCCUGGGUUGUCUAUCGACCAAUUCCAUGAGUGGUAUAACAACGAGCACGGCCCAACCCGUCUCCGUAUCCCUCAGAUCUUCACCAACGGUCUUCGUUAUAAGGCGACCGACGGCCAGGAGCCUGAAUACCUUGCCGCGUACGACGUGACGGACAUGCCCCUGCUCGAAACCGAGACGUACCUCACUCUCCGCGCAAACCGAUCUCCUCGAGAAGCUGAGACAAUUGGACAAGUCGACGUCAAGCGGUAUUUCUGGGACUUGGUCCACACCAAGGAGUCUGAUCAGUUCACCCCAUUGGAAAAGCUCAGUGACGACGAAGCUGAAGGUCACCAGCUUACUGCAGUCACAAUUGAACUCAAGGACGCUGAGGGUGCUGAGGAAGAAUAUCAAAAGUGGUUGGUUGAAGAGCAUAUCCCCAUGUUGGCCAAGAUUCCCGGAUGGUUGCGCUCUCGCACCUUCAAGACUUCGUAUCUUGAGGGGCAGUCCAAGACGACUUUCUUUGCGCUGCACGAGUAUGCAAAGGAGAACGGCCAAGGCGGGGAGGCACACAAGGCAUCUAUGGAUACCCCUUGGCGCACUCAGGUUUUUGACAAGUAUGUCGCCUCCAAGGGUCGAAGGACGUAUUCGCUCUUCUACGUCUUUGGACCUGCUCCUCGAGAGUUGCAUUCCCUGUCAAAGCUCCCAUCGACAGCUGCAUUUACCUCGCCCGACUCCAAGCAGUCAACCGUGCCUGGUCCCAAUGCUGCCAUCAAUUCAUUUGUCACCGCUCCAGACUCUCUCAAUAUUCCCUUCCGACUAGAGGGUAACCCAGAUCCCAAGGCUCCCACUGUCGCAUUCUGCAAUUCGCUUUUGACGUCUCUGCACAUGUGGGAUCCUUUUGUGGAAAUCCUAAAGCGCGAGCGUCCUGACCUGCGAAUCCUACGAUAUGAUACCCGCGGCCGACAUGCCGUACCACAACCUCCCGUUGCUGCCACUAUUGACCAAGUGGCCGACGACCUCAAGACUGUGCUCGAUGCUUUCCGCAUCACAAAGCUGCAUACUCUUAUUGGUGUUUCCAUGGGCGGUGUUACCACUCUCAAUUUUGCCAUCAAGUACCCCGAGCGUCUAGAGCAGUUCAUCGCCUGUGACUUUAACCCCACAUCAAGCGAUGCAAACACACAAGCCUGGAAGGACCGCACUCUUAUGGCCGAAGAGGACGGUGGCAAUGGAAUCAAGAAGCUUGCUGAGCAGACCGUUCAGCGGUGGUUCCACCCUUCUACAAACGCUGAGACGGUCAAGUGGAUGACUGAGAUGGUGGCUGCUAACGAUGUCGAGGGUUUCAGAUAUAGCAACACGGCCCUAUGGGAUUACGACCUCAAGCCCAAGAUGGGUGGCUGCAAGGUCCGUGGCCUGUUCGUAGCCGGAGAGGAGGAUGCAAAGGGCGCUUUGCCCAAGGCUAUGGCUGCGAGCAAGGGGCUUCUUGGAGAUAAGGGCGCAGAGCUGAAGCUCGUACCUCAAACGGGUCACUUACCCAUGUCUGAGAACCCUCAGGCUUUCUGGGAAGCUAUCCGAGAGUUCCUGUGA